AUGAACAAGCGGAUGAUAGAUAAACUAUUACCAAACGAACUUAGUGAUUCUCAUGAAACUCCACAGACUAAAGUUGCUAAGAAAAGACAAUCAGCCUUGGUGACCAGUAAAGUUGGAGCGAAAGUACCAUAUGGUACAGGUACCAUAUGGCACAGGGACAAUUGGCCCAGGGUACCAAUGGCACAGGGUACCAUAAAGGCACAGGUACCAUGUUACAUGGGUUACCUUACAGUACAGGUAAAGUUGGAGCGAAAACUGCAGUACCUGGAGGCUGUGAUCCACGAAGUUCUUCGCAUAUCUUCCGUCAUUCCAAUCAGCCUCAGUCAUUGUGUCACAAAAGAUAUAGAACUUGGAGGUUAUGUCUUACCUAAGGGUAUGAUCCUUCAAGGAUGUUCUGUGACGAGCCAUGAGGAUCCCAGCUACUGGCAAAACCCGGAAAAUUUUAAUCCAGAUCGCUUCUUGGAUGAGAGUGGAAAGUUUGUGUCCCAGAAAGAAGGUUUCUUCCCAUUUGGAAUAGGUGUCAUGUGGGGCUCCAACCAAAUGGAUAAUCACUUGACUCACAGCUCCCAGCACUACUGUCGACGGCAGUGUCUGGGAGAGUCUUUGGCCAGGAUGGAGUUGUUUAUCUUCUCAGCAGCAUUGCUCCAGAACUUCAGCUUCUCUCCACCAACCUCAAAACAGAUUGACUUGUCGCCGCAAAACAUCCCAUUCUCGCUGUUUCCAAAAUAUCAAGAUAUUGUUAUUACUAUCAGGAAGUAGUGUACUAAAGAAAGUUUAAUAUCUUUGUUAUGCACCCUAUAACCAUCCUAUGAAUUGUAAUCAUAUUUGAGUUUUAAAGCUGCUCACAAUGUUUUGCAUAUCAAGGAGCUUUCUAUUAAGUAAUAAUAUAUGCCAGUAAAGUAAUAAUAUAUGUCAGUCUGUAUAAUAUACAGGCAGGCCCUUCUUGUACAGCAGGUUCUGGGCUACUGUUGUAAAGUGAAACAUCGUAUUUUUCACUUUCAAAUAUGUAUAAAAGUCUAUAACAUGUUUACACUACCAUAUAUUAAGUGAGCAGUAAAUCUAGGCCUAAAAAGUGAAUAUAAAAGGACAUACAUUGCUUAUGGGAUUAAUGUUUGAAUUUAUUUUUGUAAAUGUAAGAUGCACAGUAGCAAGAGUGAAUGCUUGGUAUAGUGAGUAGGUUUAAGUCUUUGAAGAGUUGGGGAAGAGGUUGUUGUCGAGCAGUGAACUGUGUGAUCAUUCUUUCUGCAGCUCUUUUGUCUAGUUAUUAUUCUCACGGAUACUUUUUAUGUUGUGUGUUGGAUAUGGGUGUUUAAUUUCAGGUUGCUGUCAAGGUGCAGACCCCCAAUUUUUCUCUCAUUAUGUUUAGCAAUAAGAGUAUUGUUAAUCAUUUACAGUAAACCCUCCAUAUAACAGAAUAAUUUGGGGCUACAAAUGGCAAUUUCAGUGGAGAGAGAAGACAUUUUUUUCCAUGAUUGUAACAGUGACAAACAGUUAUAUAUUCAGUGGACUUUAUCCAUUGUUUCCAAAAUGAUUCACCCAGCAGAUUUUGUACUGUAUUUCCAAAGUCUGUUCUACAGAGGUCCAUUAUAUGGAGGAUUUACUGUACUUUUUAUUUUUAUUCUGCUUUAUUUUAUGCAUUGUACAUAAGCAUAUAUUAACAUGGAAUCAAAAUUGCUAGAAAAUACAUGGAACUGGGGAAGUUAGAACCCCACCCUCUCUAUGAUUUGUUUACAAUCAUGUUAUUUUGAUUACGUGAGUCAAAAUUGGUAGAGUACAUUUGAGAAACCAAUAUAUUUUACCCGAAAUUUAGUAAAACUGGACUGUGUUUCUCUGCAGAGCAUACUAUUGUAAAUAGAUAGACUAUUUAACAGUGCUCUAGCAAAUUACUAAACAUUAACUAUUAUUUAUAGUACAGAUGAUUAUUCUACAAAAAUAUCUGAAAAUAAAAAUAUUACACUCUUGGCACUUCAA